AUGACAAACACAGAAAUGAAAACGGCCCCAAGUUCCCGACGUCCCUUAGAUGGGACAGGGGUGCUAAGAAUCCCCGGGCUGAAAAAUAAAAAAUCUUUCAAAAUUGGAACAUGGAAUGUUCGAACACUUUAUGAAGCAGGAAAAUUGAGGAACUUAUUGUUAGAAAUUCAGAGAAUGGACAUACAAAUAACAGGAGUGUGCGAAACCAGAUGGUCUGAUGCAACCACUUUUCAUUCGGAAGACUAUGCAGUAUACACAUCGGGAACUCGAGAUAGAUCUCAUAAAAAUGGGGUGGCUAUAAUAAUAAGCAAAUCUUUAGGUAACUCUGUACGAAAUUUUGUGCCGUUUUCGGACAGAGUAAUGCUACUACAGCUAGCGAUAAAACCUGUAAAUAUUAACAUUGUACAGGUAUAUGCCCCCACCACUGAUCAUGACGAUGGAGAACUUGAAAUGUUUUAUCAGCACAUCAGCACAUCAAAAUUAAAAGCGACAAAAAAGGACGAAAUCACUUUAAUCAUUGGAGAUUGGAAUGCAAAGGUAGGCAGGGAAACAAGAGAAAACGUCAGCGGAAAAUACGGCUUAGGCGUAUGCAAUGCCAGAGGAAAUCGACGUACAGUUUUGUCAGGAAGAAGAAUAUAUCUCAUUACGAAUACCUGGUAUAAAUUACCAUACCGAAGAUUGUAUACAUGGACAUUACCCCAACACACGCAGGAAAACGUUGUAAGAAAUCAGAUCGAUUAUAUAUUAAUCAACCGGCGUUUCCGCAACUGUAUUAAACCAACAAAAACUUAUCCUGGAGCAGAUGUGCACUCAGACCAUAACUUACUUUGCUCAAAACUAAACAUAAGGCUUAAAAAGAAUAGCAAACCGAUUAAAAGAUCACGAAUGCAACAGGAGAUAUUAAAGGAACCUGAAAUUCUAAAGAACCUAUCACAGGAAGUGAAUGGCAACAUGCACACAAUUGUAACACCAUCUGAAAACAAAAGCGUUGAAGACAAUUGGCAGGAUAUCAAAGUUUCACUAAGAAAUGAAAAUAUAGAUGAAAUGAUUAAACCCUAA